UUGACAGUUCUCAAGUUGAAAACUUUGUGCGCGACGGUCCCGAAAAUUUUUACAAAUUUGUAUUUUUGUUCUAUUUUUCUAUCUACAAAAUGAGUCAACUGAUUACCAAAGCCAAAGUCCUCGUCGAUAAGGCGAUUGUGGCUGCACGUCCGCAACUCAAUGAGUUCUGGAAAUAUGCCAAGGUGGAGCUAUCCCCUCCACUGCCCGCCGAUUUCCAGAAGCUAAAGCAGACCGCAGAGACCGCCAAGAACAUGCAGGGACAGCUGAAGAAAUCUGGACUUAGCCAAGUUACCGUCAGCGAAGUCUGGCUGAAUUUUCUGGUCACCGUGGAGGUUAUCACCUGGUUCUACAUGGGCGAGGUCAUCGGUCGCCGUCACUUCGUUGGCUACAAGGUCUAAGAAACUGAUCCAAUUUUACUUUUGAUGUUUAUUAGUUGUAUGGAAAUACCUAUCUGCAUACCUUUAUUUUUUUGUGACCAGGUGCACUGAAUAAAAGAGCGCCUUUAGCAUUGCAA